UUCACCAGAAGUAGGUUGGACAACUACAGAGCCAGGAAUACAUAUUACAUUCAUAGUUUCCUCGCGAUAGACGCGGCCGGUACUUACUGAGUGCGUAUCCGGAACCUUCGAAAAGGGGGGAAGACUUCAACCGGAGCACACUCGUCUAAAGAUGUCAGACGUACCAGAUAAUGCACCGGAGCACUGCCCGGGUACACAAAGUGAGCAAGCAGGAAAGACUUCGUCAUGUCAGGGCUGUCCCAACCAGAAAACCUGUGCUUCUGGAGCCUCCAAGGCCCCCGACCCUGCCAUCGCAGAGAUCGGAGAGAAGCUGUCGACGGUCAAACAUAAGAUCCUCGUGUUGUCUGGGAAAGGAGGAGUGGGGAAGAGUACCUUCAGCGCUCACCUGGCUCAUGCCCUGGCAAGUGACUACACUAAGGAGGUCGCUCUCCUGGAUGUAGAUAUCUGUGGUCCGUCCAUUCCUAGGAUCAUGGGCUUAGAGGGAGAGCAGGUUCACCAGAGCGGCUCAGGCUGGUCUCCUGUGUAUGUGGAAGAAAACCUGGCAGUCAUGUCCAUUGGCUUCCUGCUCAGUAGCCCUGAUGAUGCUGUGAUCUGGAGAGGACCCAAGAAGAAUGGGAUGAUCAAGCAGUUUUUGAGGGACGUUGACUGGGGGGAACUUGAUUACCUCAUCGUGGACACGCCCCCCGGCACGUCCGACGAACACUUGUCGAUCAUCCAGUACCUGAGCUCCACCCACGUCGACGGAGCCGUCAUCAUCACCACGCCACAGGAGGUAUCAUUGCAGGAUGUGCGAAAGGAGAUCAGGUUCUGUCAGAAGGUCAAGCUGCCGAUCAUCGGAGUGGUGGAGAACAUGAGUGGCUUUGUCUGCCCUUCAUGCAAGAACACGUCUCAGAUCUUCCCUCCCACCAGCGGGGGCGCAGAGCGAAUGUGUGCGGAUCUAAAUCUACCCCUGUUAGGAAAGGUACCUCUAGACCCGAGGAUAGCACGAAGCUGCGACGAGGGCAAGUCUUUCCUCACUGAAGUACCCGACUCUCCUGCUGCUAAAGUCUACCAGAGUAUUGUGCAGAGUAUUCAGGACUACUGUUCCAACCGUGAGACAGAGGAGCAGAGCACCACCUGAACCACCACUCUGACGGCAGACCUAUUGGACCAGAACAGAUCACAUGAUGAGAGCGUGGUAGAAAUGAUUAACUACUGAGUAAGAAACACACAUAGGAAAGCUAAUAUUGUUUAUAAUGCAACAUUCAACAAAGCCUGCCAGAAUUAUCUCAACAUGAUUAUAAGUCAUGACAGGCAGCAGCUUUUGUACCACAAGGUGAGCUGGUCAGACGUCGCAGUGCAGUGGAUUAUUCUGCUGUGGCUCGCCAAUACAACUUUUCCAGAAAAAGCACUGAGGAUGAAAGAUAUAUAUAAUAAUGGGGAUUAAUUGUAAUAUAUUAGGGAUUAGUUCCUGUUUGUGAUAAAUUGAAUAUUCAGAAAUAAUUCCAGCUUUGGUCUUAUCCAAAUAAGCACUUGGGCCUAAUUUUGAACAUGCAUUAAAAAAAAAAACAUAACUUCAAACCACCACUCUGGGUAUACUCUGUAUAUAACAUGUCUAUACUUGAGCUGAGAUGAAUACACUUAAAUCCCUGAGGUAUGAUUAAUAUGAAGACAAAGGAGUAGUGGCGCUGCUGGGUCUUUGUGUUAAUCACAUACAGCAGGUGCUCUUUGGAUCCUUCAGCUGUGCUGUGCUUAUUCAGUCUUGUGAAGGGCUCAUUGCAUCGGUGGAAUAUGGUCUCACAAAAGUAUAAAAUACAAGUCUCCUUCAAAAAUAAUCCAAGGCACACUGUGGGUUUGUGCAAAAUUAAAAUACCUUUAUUUUAAGUGGGCAAAAUUUACUUUUUUUGAGACGAUAUUCCACUCAUGCAAUGAACCCUUCACAAGAUUGAAUAAGUAUAAUUAAAAUACAGUAAUUGAUAUGAGGCAAUUUGGAAUAUUCGUCUUAAAGGAUGAAGCUGCCGAUAUUCUAUUUGUGUUAUUGUCUUACAAAUCCCAUGAAAGGACCAAAACCAACAAUGCGUUGUGCUGUCUCUCAAUGCUGUCAGCAUUACACAACCUCUAAGCAACGAGUCCAUUGGUUCAUACUGAAGAUAUAUAUUCAUAAAUACAACAGCUGGGCAUUGUAGUUUUUACUAAACUUAACUCAAACGGGAGUAAAUAGUGCAUUAAUGGGGACUAUGUUUGGCUGUGGAUUAAUACACAUUUGGUGUUCAAGUGAAUUCAUAACAGGAUAACGGGAUUGACUCAAAAUAAACUGUUCAUAAUAACAAAGGGAUGAUGUCUUUCAGUGCAACAGUGGCUCAAUUACGUGUUUUAAUGGAGUUCUACAGCACAGAGGAAGCUAUAUGUAUGCUAUAUGCUUUGUAUACACAGGCAACUAUUCAAUUUAAUGUUGUUUUUGGUCCUUACAUGGAAAUUGUUGACAAUAAGAAAAUGUAGAUUAUUACCAGACUUUUUCUUUCAUGUUAAAGUAUAGGUGGGAACUCUUCUCAUUGUGCUGCAGUAAGGAGAUGUUAUUUGGGGAAGUUAAAUCUCUGAUCGUCAUGUAGUAAAUCAAGCAGUAGUGUCAAACAUUUAACCAUUUCCUAGAAGGACCGUCCCUCACUGUCCCUGGUUACAGGAAUCAAUAGAAAGUAGGGAUUGAAAGUUAAAUGUGGGUACCAUCAGUGGGAUUAAAACCACGGUUGCUCAAGUCCUCUAUUUACAAAGCACAGUAUCAUCAGCAUAGUAUAAAAUCUGAACUUCUGAUUUGAGUUUGUUUUCUCGGUGACUGUAUGGAGAUGUCAACUCGCAAGCCAUAUAGAUGUAGACUUUGUUCUCAGCACAUCUAGCUAAUCUAAAAAUGUGAAUGUAUGAAUUUGGGAGAGCUUAUUUUUGUCUAAAAUAUGCAAACUGUGCAUAUGAGGACACUUAACUUUCUCAUUUACAGGUCGGAGCCACUGAACUAAUGGUUCAAAACAUAAAACACAUGAUUUCAGAACAUUUUGCAGACAUAAAAACUGCGACAAAAUGUACGAACAUUUAAUUUUCUUCACUGACCAGAUAUGAAGUUUAGAUGUAGUUGUGACUGGAGUAACUUGGUUGUUCCUGAUUUACAGUAAAUAUGAUUUUUGAUUAUAUUAAUAAUCUGUUAUAAACAAUUGUUUUAGACACAUAUUGUACUUGCCAUAACUGCUUUACAAAAUAAAUGACCAAACAUGAAA